GACAGAGGGAGCAUUCCAGGGCUUACCCGACAGGCCUCUGGCUGGCUUGUGCGAGGAGGAGGGGGAGCGGUGAAACCCCGGAGCGUUCGGUGAGGAAUUCAACAGCGUUUGCUACAGGCCGCCAUGGCAUCAGACGAAGGCAAGCUUUUCGUCGGAGGCCUGAGCUUUGACACCAACGAGCAGUCACUGGAGCAGGUCUUCUCAAAAUACGGGCAGAUCUCGGAAGUGGUGGUCGUGAAAGACAGGGAGACCCAGCGGUCCCGAGGCUUUGGAUUUGUCACAUUUGAGAACAUCGACGAUGCCAAAGACGCCAUGAUGGCCAUGAACGGGAAGGUCUCUGUUUCCAGUCUGUGGACGGGCGGCAGAUCCGAGUGGACCAGGCGGGCAAGUCGUCCGACAGCCGCUCCCGCGGGUACCGAGGUGGCUCCGCUGCGGGCCGCGGCUUCUUCCGAGGGGGCCGAGGCCGGGGCCGUGGGUUCUCCAGAGGAGGAGGGGACCGAGGGUACGGAGGGAGUCGGUUCGAAUCCAGGAGUGGGGGCUACGGAGGCUCCAGAGACUACUACAGCAGCAGGAGUCAGGGUGGCGGCUAUGGUGACCGGAGCUCGGGCGGGUCUUACAGAGACAGCUACGACAGUUACGCUACACACAACGAGUAAAAAUCCUUCCUGCUCAAGAUCGUCCUUCCAAUGGCUGUAUAUUUAAAGAUUUUGGGAGCUUCGCUGAAUCGUUCGUGUGUAGUGAACACACCUUGUACCCCACUUUUGUAGUCCUGUCCGUUCUGAUCUUGUGAAACAGCCUGACUGCUUCUGACCCCCAGCUGCCUUCGUUCCUAGGUUUCUCUUCUUAAGGAAGCAUUGUCAGUUUUUAAGGGUUUUAAAAACGUUCUGAAAAGCAUUUCAGAUUUUACUAUUUUCUUUUUACCACGAGUCAUAAGUUUUUAGGAAAUCCUUGGGGGUUACGUGGGUUUUGGUUGUGUUGCCUUUUUCGUUACUCUUUUUAGUGGGGUCGGGUGCCCCGAUUCACUUCUAAGAAUUACUGGACUCUGAGUCCACUUUUUGUUGGAAGCUGAGCAAGCUGUGGCUCUUUCCCAGCUCUGUGUGCCGUUCUCUGCGUGCGGCGCGGCGGGGGCGGCCCGGCCGUGCUGUGUACGAACCACAGCAGAGUUGCAGAUGUCCCUUCUAGAGGGUCUUGGAAAUGUUUAUUGACAUUGUCUUUUUUUACUGGAAGACGUAUGCAUAACCCAUUGAUGUUGUAUUUGAAGUGGUUAAGGAAUUCUUGUACGCAGUUUUUUUGGCUUUACGAAGCCGAUUAAAGGACCGUCUGAAACAAACCUUGCUCUGACAAUUGCCCUUUCAUUGCACAGCACACUCCCUGCUCUGGCUUCGAAGCAGUCCGAACAGAGCAGAAAGGGCAGUUCGAGAAGUAGGUCUGCUAGUUCCGCCUGAGGCCCUUGGCGAGCUAGACGGGGAAGGCAGGAUAGAUGGGCGCUGGCCGGCCCCCUGACAGCCGACUGCCAUCAGGCCCAGUGCGGUGUGCAGGAGGGCGCCGGGGCGGGCAGCUUAGCGAGGGACGGUGGACGUUCGGGCACAGGACGGCGGCGAGGAGCAGGCCGACGGCGGGCGGCGGGCAGCGUCCCUGGGCGACCGCGGACUGACCGGCUGGUUAGCUAGCUCUGCCCUUGUUUACAAGUUCUGAGCCUUCACCGCUAGCCUAUGGAAGCUGCAGCCCUCGGAGGACAGAAGUGUUGUGCGCCCAACAGCCCUCUGAGACGAAGCUGCCCCCUUGGCUAGCUCGUAUGUGGAGAUAGCCCUGUAAUUCGAGGUAACUCCUUUCGCUCGUGUCCGCAUCCCUCCUCUCGUCAAGAGCUCUUUGAGAGUAAAGUUACGUACCUGGGGAAUGUUCCUUUGACAUUUUCUUUUCCAUUUUUCUUUCCUUUUUUUUAAAUUAAUUUUUUUAAUCGAGCUAGAACUAAAGUCAGACUUCAGCCGUUUACCCUUCCCCGCCUGUGGCCAGGCGAGCGGCCUGGGCAGUCAUGCCACAAGAGUAGGUUCGAUCCGUAAGCAGGAUUGGAUACCACCGAAUGCCCUGCCUUUUGGGAUUUUUGUUCAUCAAAAGUCUUUUCCAGACCUCCUUCCCUCAGGCUUCCAACCGGCUCUCUGUUGUCCGUUGCCGCCAGGAGUCUUUCCCAGAGCCCGCACCGUUCUCGGGCAGCUCCAUCCCGGUCGGCUGGCUGGCUCUGCUUAAGGGCGGAGCGCGGCCUGGCCCACCUGAAAGGCGCAGGCCCACCCUGGGCACACCAGCCUGGCACGGGGCCUCUGCCAGGACGGCCCUGAGGUUGAAGGGAAGCCAGCGUGACUCGGAAGUGUGGCCAGAGAGCAGUGAGUGGGGGUAACUGUCCCAGAGGGGACCAUCUGGAAGCGAGAGCCAGAGGCGCAGCCACUGGUCUUUGAAUCAUGUCCCCUGCGCUCCACUGGGGAGACUGAGGUGCUAGUGGCUUGAGCUGCUCCUGGAGGAAGGCGUGUGGCCUGGGCACCAGGCCGCAGCCAGGACUCAUCCUCACCGGAUGCAGGGCCUGCAAGUCGGAUUUCAAUAAACGGCUGGUGUGUCCACACAGAAA